CAAAGUGCUUACAGUACAGUUUUGCCAUUCACACACAUAUUCAUACAAAGCAUCUAUUAGCAGCACUUUUUAUCUCUAUGAAGGGUUAUUCAGCAUCUUGUCCAAGGACACUUCUGUAAGGAGAUUGGGGAGAUUCUGGACUGAACUGCUGAUCUUCUGGUUGGAGGACAACAGCUGUACCCCUCAGCCAUAGCUGAACCGAAACUGUUUUUUCCCCCUUUUCUUUUAGUAUAAAUUCCUGCAAUGUACCUUACAAAGCAACAAGAAGAUAAGGUUUACAGUAAGUAGAACAACAUUUUCUUUGUUUUUUUAUGAAACCAACUGUAUGUGCUUGUAUUUUGCAUUAGAGGGAGACUUUUUUGGGUCAAAUGUUGAAUAAUUUUUCAUCAGUUACUCUGACGAAAAAAUUCUCCAUCAUCAAAUAACUGUAUUUCUAGACAACAGACUAAAAGCUGAGUAUACUUUUAGUCAUGUGGAGAGGAGAGAAUAAAACAGAUAACAUUAAGGACGAGUCAAUCCCCUGUUCCAGAUCAGCUAUGUGCACAAACUUUUGUGUACUUUAGGUAUUGGUGUGUUGUUUUUCUUUUUUAAUGCAAUAUACAAUGUUAAUUUAGAAAUAUUUUCUUCCAACAAUGUGGUCACAUAUGCAUAAGAUAAUGUGGUUUUAUGCUCAUAGUGUUUCAACACAACUGUGAGGAAUAAAUGAAGUGGUAACAGGAUCUGUCCAUGGUGCUGAAAAGUGUGGUGCUUCACUUCAUCUCAUCUAUUUGAUUCAAAUGGGAAGCUGGAUAUUAACAUGCACACUGACAGCAAAAUCUUUUCUUCGUUAGAAGAUUGUUAGAGGGGGUGUCUAACAUGAUGCAAACAGGCAGAGAGGGGAGAGAGGAAGGCAGAUAGAGAUGGGAGGAUGAUGUCAUAGUUUCCAGUCUGUGCCAUGGAAGAGGCAGAUGGCUGCAGCCUUCCACCUUUUCCUUCGUUCCUGUUUCCAGCUCGAAUACCAGCAUCAGCCUCAGCAUCAGGACUCUUCAAGGGCAAAUUGUGACAGAACGCAGAAGCAGAAGCUUAUUAGAUUGACCGGAGGAAACAACGCGUUAGCUGCAUGUGAGUGGAUCAUCAACCGAAGAAGUCCAAUGAAGACGUGAUAUGACAUGGGCUUCCUUUUUGUCUGUAUGUUGUAUUAUGAGCAGUCGGCAGUGUAGAGGAGCUAGUCCUGCCCAGAGAGGAGGAGGAGAGACGCGCAGAAGGGUGUCGACGGCGAGAGGCAGGGGUAUCGAAUACAGGAGGGGAGGACCAGAGUCAAAAUAAUACAGUAAUAGUAUAAGCUUCCAAUAAUGGCGGCUAAAUCGGACGGGGUCCUGAGGAUGAAGAAGAGUGACGUGGCCUUCACCCCCCUGCAGAAUUCGGAGCAUUCCGGCUCGGUGCAGGGACUCCACCCGGGAGGCCAGUCCGUCCCUGCAGGCACCGGUUACGAUGAAUUCGCCAACGGGGAGUCGCGGUGCUGCGGUGGCGGAGGCACAAACUCGACGUUCCCUCGCCUGGGCAAGGAACAGCAGAAGUACACGGUGUGGGAUUGCUUAUGGAUCGUAGCCGCAGUGGCUGUGUAUCUGGCCGAUGUGGGCACUGACGUGUGGCUGUCGGUCGACUACUACCUCCGCCGCGAGUACUGGUGGUUCGGCCUGACGCUCUUCUUCGUUGUGCUGGGCUCUUUCUCGGUGCAGCUCUUUAGCUUCAGAUGGUUUAUCCACGAUUUCAGCACCGAGGACGGCUCAGAAUCCGCCGGCGAUUGCUCCCUCAUGGACGGGAACAAGCUGCUGAGUGGCUCGGCCUCACACGGCGACAUAACUGCUCCACACCACCCGGCCACACCGCAGAGACAGGCGUCGACCGUCAGCAAGAACACCAUGACCAACAGCACCGCGAGCACGGCGGCGGGCAGCAGGAGCAGGAAACGGUCGGCAUACUACUCCUUCUGCGUCUGGUUCGGCCAGUCUCUCAUCCACAUCCUCCAGCUGGGCCAGAUAUGGAGGUAUCUCCACACCAUCUACCUGGGUGUUCGAAGUCGUCAGAGUGCUGAGACAGAGCGCUGGCGUUACUAUUGGAGGAUGGUCUACGAGUUUGCAGAUGUGAGCAUGCUGCACCUACUGGCCACCUUCCUGGAGAGUGCUCCACAAUUGGUGCUGCAGCUGUGCAUUAUCAUACAGACACACAAGCUCCAGGCUGUGCAAGGUAUGACAGCAGCAGCAUCCCUUGUCUCACUGGCCUGGGCCCUUGCCUCCUACCAGAAGGCUCUGCGAGAUUCUCGCGAUGACAAGAAGCCAAUCAGCUACCUGGCUGUCAUCAUCCAGUUCUGCUGGCACUUUUUCACCAUUGCAGCCAGGGUCAUCACCUUUGCCCUGUUUGCAUCCGUGUUUCAACUCUACUUUGGCAUCUUUAUUGUCCUGCACUGGUGCAUCAUGACCUUCUGGAUUGUCCACUGUGAGACAGACUUCUGCAUCAGCAAGUGGGAGGAGAUUGUGUUUGACAUGGUGGUGGGCAUAAUCUACAUCUUCUCUUGGUUUAACGUGAAGGAGGGAAGGACAAGGUAUCGUCUUUUCAUCUAUUACCUGGUGAUCUUGGUGGAGAAUGCUGCUCUAAGUGCACUGUGGUAUCUGUACCGGUCUCCUUACAACACUGACGCCUUUGCAGUGCCAGCAUUAUGCGUCAUCUUCAGCAGUUUCCUCACUGGAGUGGUUUUUAUGCUCAUGUACUAUGCCUUUUUCCAUCCAAAUGGGCCACAUUUUGGACGUUCGCCAAGUGGCCAGGGCCUUGACCUGGACCCCACUGCUCAAUUCUCCACAAUACCAUCAGAAGGUGCCACCAACUCAUUGCGCUCCAACAGAGCUGCUGCCACAACUUUGGAGCGUGACAUGGGGAAGCAUUCUGAGCGGGAUGGCUGCAUGCCGGUGUUUCAGGUCCGACCCAGAGUGCCAUCCACUCCAUCAUCACGUGCUCCACGCCUUGACGAGACCGUCAUUAAGAUCGACCUUUGUAGAAACCAUUACCCAGCUUGGGAGCGUCAUGUCCUUGACCGCAGUAUACGAAAGGCAAUCCUGGCCAUAAACUGCUCCCUGACUCCUCCACGGCUGCAGUACAAAGAUGAUGCUCUGGUGCAGGAGAGGUUGGAAUACGAGACCACUUUAUAGCUGAAUCCUGCUCUGAGAACCCGUACAGGGGUGCAGCAUCACAUAUCACAUUUAGAGCAGCAGAAAAUGUGGCAAUAAAUCUUUGUUACUACCAACAAUGUCACUUUUCAUCCCCGAUUUCCCCAUUCUUCGGCAUCAGCACCCAACCUGGAGUAUUUCACUUUGUGAAAAACCUACAAGACGCAAAUGCACUGUUUAGUUAAGUUUGGAAAAGUUAGGGAUAAAAUAAACAUGUGUUCAUGUCCAUCCACAUGGGCUUGAAGUCAUCACAUAUUCCUGUUAAUGGCAUCUGAAUUACACAUCAGUGUCUCUAAUGCAAUGAGGAAAGGAUCAGUCCCUCAUUCAUCAUCAGUAGAAAACUGUCAUAUCUGUCUUAACAUGUUGGUGUCCUCUCUGGAAGUUGUGAUUGUGUGCUCCCAUAGCGGCUGCAUCUGCGUAGGUAUUUCCAUCAGUAUCUACACAGUUAUGCUUACUACUCCUGUCCUAGUGCCAAAAAGAUUCAUUGGAAAUGUCUUCCAGCUUCUGAGGAUCUGGAACAUCUUAGAGCUGGCUGGGUAUUCCAAAAUGUGUCCCUCUGGCCCUGAUAUUUCAUUCCUCUUGGAUAGGUUUGAUCUACACUGGAAGCAGGUCAGAUGGAAAGCGAACAGCUGGAAGAUGGUGGUCGAAGUAGCACUUAUACUAUAGUCAGUGUGGUCUGUCUGGAUAACAUCCACCAGAGCUGGUCGGUCAGAAGGACAGGGAGUGAGAAAGAAUAAGUGAAAGUUGGACAGACACAGGCUCGUGGGUUUUCUCACACAAUGCCAAGAAAAAAAAUCUUCCUGGCAGCUUAACUCAGUUACUGCAUAAGUGGAGCCACAUAAUCCUGGCUGUGCGAUGAAACUGAUUUUUACUUGUCUGUGGAUAAUCCAGAUAUACUGCAGAAGAAAUGAGCAAAGUGCCAGGGAGCAAUGAAAAAGAGAUGACAAGAGGGAAUGAACUGGAAAAGAGUCAACAAUUGAGGAGAAACGAGAUCAAAGACAAGAAACCAUCCCAGCCAAACUAAAUCAACCACCAGGCUUUACAGCAGCGAUACAACAUGCAACAUUUAUCGAGAUGGUGUAAAUGGUACUGAAACCAAUGUGAUUCUGUAUUUAAUGUGUGUCUAGUUGAAAGAGCCUCAGAUCAGGGGGACCUGUGGCUGAUCAGUGAAGGUUCACCCUGACAUGUGGUUUGUGAGGGUUGUUUUUGUUUCUUUGAUUAACACGUCACCUUCUGGGGAAGUGGCUCCUCUUUUUUCCACAGUUGAUUCAGAUUUUAACAUACACACUAAGCCACAGAACGUCACACAGCAAGGUGCUGGUAGUGUCCACUGGCUAGAGAGACAAUAGCUAGUAAAGUGGUGCCAUGAAAGCUUAACUCUGGACCGUCAUACCAUAUCUUAUGGUCCUGGAGGGGUGAGGGAUGAACUCUAGACAGUUUCGUAGUGAGGCUGUAACUGGUAGCCAGAAGAUAUGUAAAUCACACAGCACACCUCUUUCUGUUUUUUGUCACUUUUCUUCUUUUUCUCACAAAGAGCCUUUCAAGCUAAUUCUUUGUAGGAGCCAUGACAUUAUAACACUAGAUUUGGAUACCAAUAUUGGAAAGAGAGAUGAGGGCAAGUAUUUAUAAAGUACUCUUAAUGAGUGUCAUUACAAUAGGAAUAUUAAUCAACUUGUCUUAAUCAGCUGUCCCUCUAAGUUUGAUUCUGGCUUCAACAUUCUUCCCAUAAUGUUUACAAAGUCAAUGAACACUUUAGUGAACGUAAUGUCUGGGCUACAUCAGAACACCCAUGGUAUGGAAGUAUUGAUCACAUCAUGGCAUGUGACACUUGAUGAUGACACAACACUAAAAGCCAGAUGCCCUGCAAGUGACGCCAUGAGACAAAGUGGUGGAAUUAAAUUAUGACAUACUGACAUUUGUUUACAGCCCAUUGAAUCAGUGGUGGUGCUGAAAAUGUAAGUAUUUGUUUGGUGAUUGUGUGGGACCAAAGAUUGGGUCCUCCCCAUUAGUUUUGAAAGAUACAUUUUCAUGGUUCAGAAAAUAUUGGAACAUUUCCGAAUGACUGGUGGCAUUCAAGCAAGGAUCCGGGAGUUGCCAAAAUCAUUUCUCUGAGGAGGAUGCCCAUACUUUACUGUCCUUAAUGUCCAAGCCCAGGGCCCACUGAUGCUACUAGUCAUAUUGACCUGGUGCACGCUGUGCAUGUAUGAAAACCAAACCCUUGAACAUCCUAGGUGAUCUAAAUCAGAGUAUCUGAUUCUGAAUCGAGAACUGCACCAUACACCCUAUUCCCUACUUUCACACCUAACUGCUCGAUUUCAGGGAAUGCUGGGAAGCCAGAGGCAAUCCGUGACUAUAUCAUCAAGGCAAUGCAAUUCAGAUGGUAACAGUGUGUUUUAGAAUUUGAAAUGUCUGCACAAAUUAAAGUCCCAGAUAUGUCUUUUGUUUUUUGUUAUGUCACAAGUGCAAUGCUCUUUUUUCUAAGGAUGGCAAGAGGAGAGAAAAGCACAAAACAAGUCAGUGGGAGAAUCAUGUCACAAGACUGUCAACCUUCUCAUCCUGCUUCACCAAACAGCCUCAGGCUUACAGCUCUCAUCUUAACACACGGUCUUAUAUUUCUGUCUAUGUGAUUGAAAUUAUAUUAAAUAAAUUCAUCAUUUAAUAUUUUGGUUCCAAAAAACAGGCAAUUUAAAAUAUACCUUAUGUAGCACACAGACCACAGGGAGAAGAGGUAGGAUGUGCUCUAAUGAUCCAGUGCCCUAAAAAGGAUAAGCAUAUUCCAGGUUUUAGUUGUGGUUCAUCCAUCAAAUAGAAAUGUAGUUUUUAUAAUAAAUAUGUUGCGUUGGUGCUGGCAUAAGGAAAAAUGGAGUAUCUUAAAUGAUUUGGAGAUUUUUGUACUGAAGAGCAAAUCGGUUGUUUUCUACCAGAUAUACUUUUAAAGACCACACCAGCACAUUUGUAUGUUUCAGUUGAUUUAGUAUUCAUGAGAUUUUGAGUUUUCCAUUAUUACUGUGUGAGGGACAAAACUGCUCUGAUAGCAGGUCAGAAGGUUAUUAUCAAUUAUUGUCAUGGUCGUAGAUUUUUCUACAAAUGUUUUCUUAACUCUUGAUGAUUCAAUGAUAAACGGCCCUUUCAGAGUUAGACCGUUUUUGUCUGAGAAAUGAAACUGUAAAAACAUGUCAACAAAGAAUAUUCAUUAAUCAGCCUCAAAGACACAGUCACAGUGGAGCUGUUGGACCUUAAACUUUCUGUUUAUUCCUGUAGUUUCAGUGUAGAACUAUCCAAAGACUUCAUCAAAAACAGAGCUGUGAAAAGCUCUCACUAAUUUUGGGUCAUUCUACCUCCUACCUGUGUGUGCACAUCACUUAAACCUAUCUAUGUCACAAUUACUUUACAUCCAAUCAUUUUGCAAACCUUGCUGCUUUGUAUUAAUAACAUUCUAGUGUACUUUUGCAACUCCAUCUCAAAAAAAUAAAAUAGAAAUUCAUUAUUGUGAAAAUAGCAUAAUUAUUGUUAAUGCAGAGCAGACCUUUUUUAGUCUUCUCCUAAACUGCAUUGCUUCCUGUUUCAUACUGUAUCAAAAUGAUUGGAAACCAAUGGGGUCUGUUAGUAAAGUACAUCCAAAACUCAAGGACAACAUGGAUCAGAAAAUGGUCACAAAGAUAUCAUGUAAGCCUAAAAAUGAAGCGUAGGCAGCACAUUAUAUGGUUCAUUAAGCUGCUCAACGUCUCAGUUUAUAUUAUCAUGCGUUUGAGUGUCUUAUUCUUUCAGUUUAAACAGUUUUGAUAUGGAAUCAUGAGUCACAAAACUUGAGCAAAUUACGUUCAGGCUUAUUUAUUUUACGUGCUGCCACCACCCAAAUGUUGAAUUGGUUGUUUGUAUAAGUGUACAUGGGCUUAACAUAUUUAAGGACUUUGUGGUUGAUGGCUGAAUUAACAACAGCACUAUUCAUGCCUUUUACUUAAGUUUAACUUUUUGGUUUACUUGAAGGCAAACUUCAAAUUUCCACAUUUGAAUGAACUGUUAGUGGUCAGGUUGCAUUGUGGAUACAUGGGUUUUUGUCUGCUUUGUUUUGCUGUAGUAGGAAAAGCACAGGUUUCAGGAUGGCACAAUACUGUUAGAAUUGCGUGAGACUGCAUUUUGAACACUACUGCAGGAGCUCAUGUUCAACCCUACUACUUACCUUCUGCCUUAUUUCCCCCCAACUUUUUCCGCAUGUACAUUUCUCUUAUGCUCAUUUUGAAUUAAUUUAAUAUACAAUUACAGUUGACCUGAUUUUCUGUUUAUCCUUGAAAUGACAGGAGGCCUAGAACCCAAGACUAAUACCAGGGUAUAUUAGAGGUCGGCCAUGGAAUAAGCGCAGAGGUUCUCAUAUCCAUUUAGUUAUAAGCAGUAUUUUAACCAAUCACAGAAUUUCACUUGAUCAAUGUUUUUUAAAGAUGGGCUAAAAUGCAGGAGUAACUGGAUAAAAUCAUCACAGUCUAUGGGAAGAUGGGAAUAUUAAAACCUCUUGUCUAUAACCUGAUCUGUGUAGAUGCAGCCUUAUAUUAUUUAAAUGGACAUCAAUGCCUUUUAUGAAAGUUUAUUUACAGUGUCUCCCAAAUCCAUUGUAGCCUUUGUUAAUUCAUCACCAUAUUGUGAACUGAUACUGAACAUAAAGCUACCUCAGUUUGCUUUAAUGGACAGAACCCUCCUCCCUUUCAUCAGCAAUAUAUUUUCUCCGGUAACACAGAUGACACUAUUGACCCAAGAAAACUCAAUAAGACUAAAUCCCCAAAAUUAAAUGGAAAAUUCCAUUAAAUUACAUCGACCAUACCCCAGAACACAGCAUUGACACACAAAGAUAACUGUCAUUUAUUUAGAAAUGGACAGCUUAUAUUCAAUUUCACCAGAUUCAACAUGCAACUCCCAUUUUUAUUUGUAGUUGAGUAAAACACUUUUUUAAUAAUCUGCAGAUGAUCAUGACAAGGGUAAUUUCCAUCCCAUUAAUUAGUCUUAAAUCAUCUAUUUAUUUUCAUUAUGGCAGUCAUUUUUAUAUUUUUGAAAAUAUUAGUACAUUAUACAUCCUACCCAACCAUGGCAGCAGUAUACUUCCAUACAUAUUUUUAAUGCAUCUGGCCAUUGGAUUUAAUAUUUGUUACAAACGUAUUACUUACUGAAAGAACCACAGCGGAAAGAGGAGUUUGGUCUGUCUUCAGCUUCUUUAUACCAGGCACUCAUAAGCUAAAAAAUUUGGUACUGUUCUGAAUCCUAUCCUAACUCUGGUCAUAACUCUUGUAAGCUGCUUUCUAGGUUUUGUUUGCCUUAAAGAGAGUAUAUUUCUAUUUUUAUCAUUUUUUCGGCCUCAUCACAAAAACAGUUUAGGCUGUACUGAAAGCACAGCUUGGUUAUCAGAGAGGAAGCGAGUAAGAGAGAGAGAGCGAGAGAGAGAGAGAGAGUGUGCGUGUGUGUUUUUCUUCUUUAACUAUUCAAUAGCAUAACGUGUCAACAGCUGUUUCUGUGCUUGUACUAGGACUCAGUCAUUGUCCAUCCUACCAGCAUACAACUCUCUCAGAAUAUCUCCCAUCCUGCUGUUCCCUCUGUUUACCACUCACAGUAGGAAAACAACUACAUUUCCCACCUUACUUUAUGUUUUUAACCAACUUAUAUUUCUUCGUACUGCAGUCAUAUUAAAAGUCAUCCACAAAUUCACACCUUAAAAAAAUGUUUUGGAUCAUUGUACUGAAAUUAAGUUAAUGUAGGAAGUUAGCCCAACACCAGAUAUAUUCUACAAACAUUAGGUAUAUGAUAAUAUAUGUUAAUAUUGUAAAAGCCAUACACAUGGUCUUAAUCAAGAUUUGAAUUGCCGUCAUGAUCCAAAGUCAGUGCCACAUCCAAAACAACUGAGUGAAACUGGGAAGCAAGUUAGGGAUAAUUUACUAAAUGCUGCACCUCUUCUUCUCUAAUGAAAAUUUAACUUAUAUCCCCCCAAUCACAGUUUUCAGCCUACCUCAGCCAAACAUUUUUAAUGGCCCAAGUUUAAGAAGAUCAGAAAACCAUCAUAUGGAUCAUUUAUGGAAUGGUUGUUUUUUUGUCACGCAGCAGUCAUGUGCUUGCUCUAUGUGAGCCCUAGGACUCUAUCUGUUUUCACCAGCUGUAAUGGAUCAAAGCUCUGAUGUGGGUCUGGGCCUAGUUAAUCACAAAGAGAAGACUGGAAAGCUCUGCUACUGCUGUCGAUCAAGAGAGAAGGAUUGUAUUUCCUGUGGAUGGUGGAGAUGUGUGCAGCAGCCACAGUUUCGAUGAUACCAUUCAGCCUUAGUACAAGCACAGUAUCCAGCAGGUGAAUAAUAGCAAGAUUCCAGUCACACUUGUAUAAUCAUUCUGUACAGAUGUCUGUUUAGAGAGUUGGUUGAACAUGGAGCACCACAGAUAAUGAACUGAUCAACAUAAAAGCUCACCUGUAAAUAAAUUUAUGCAAAAUUUACAUGUUAAAAAAAGAACAUUCCUCUCCUUUUGAGUUCUGACUGUGAAGGGUUUUAGAAGUUUCAUGCCACCACAAUGGCUGUAACUAUGACUAUAAAAAAAAUCAUAAAUGUGGUGUACGUGGUGUAUUAAAAAAGAUACAAAUGUUCAAAACAAAUAAUGGUCUUUAAAGUGAGUUGCAUUGUGUGAUGAGUUCAAUAGAGAAAAAGUACAUUUUAAUGUAAAAAUAAAUCAAGAGUGAUAAACCUGAUCAAAAUAUUUUUUUUUGUAUAUAUGGGAUUUUUUUAAAUUUUUAUUUGAAUCUAAUGCAACACAAGCUACCAAAAUUCAUUUAAUAAAGUACACUGUGGUCAUUUUUCUGGCCUCCAGUUUGUUCAUUUGUUCUUUAUGUAAUCCAACAAUGUGUCUCAACAGAAAGAAUGUCUCUAAAUCUGCCCCAAAAGAUCUGAGUGUGGACACAAUCAAAUUUUAGGGGAUCAAGAAAAGCGGCAGAAGUGCAUUCAGUGCAUUCAUUAAAUGUAUACUCAAAAUGGGAUGACUGCCACAGCAAAGAUCCAGGAAGGACACCAGCUAAACUAGGCAGGAUGGAUCAGUGAUUCUCUCAGGAACCCCUACUUCUGGGUCUAGACUUUGUGAUGGCAGAUUUUAUAUUUAGUUAUGUUUCAUGCAAGGAAUGACUGUUAUAGAUGGGAAUGUUAUUCUGAUAUGUAUUUCUGUGUGUUUAAGACUGAAAACAUGUGGGGUCAGCUUGGAAGACUCAGAUGUGUAUUCGUUGGAGAUUCCUUUGUGCCUCUGAUGAAACAAAAGGUCUUAACAGCAGGGUCCAUCCUACUGUCUGCGAUAGAGUGCAUAGGUGUUACAGUCAGAGACAGGGGUCUCUGGGAAAACAGGUUUUAACACUUGGAGUCUAAGCAGAUGCCUGAUGUUGAUGUGUAGUGAGACCUUCGAAGGGGUCCUUCAUUCAGAUUGGAGGUGACCAAAUCUAAGCCUGAAGACAACACGCAGAGAGCUGAUUGGAUAAACAUUCUACCUCUUUGAAAGGAGGGACUUAUUUAGUAUAAAUCAAAUGUGAUUCCAUUGUUCUGUGCCAUUGACCCCAGUCUGACUAAGUGACAGGGUGCUCUGGUCCCUAGCUGCAGCUAGGUAGAAUUGUAUGAACCAGAAUUGAUAAUUGUCUUUGCUGUGAAAUGUAAUAAAAUGUGCCAUUACAUUUGGCGUUGUCGGCAGGAUCACUCAUGUGAGAGGACGUUCUGGAUCUCAAAGCUGAAGGUAAAUAGUGCACAAAAGAGUCUAAAAGACUCUUACCUCAACCUCCCUAAACAGUUUGGAGACGUGAGGACUGGAUGCUGAAGAGAAGGGAUGCCCUCUCACUGAAGUGAUCUAUGCGGACCGAGCACGACAAGCAAACAGUUUCUUUCUGGUGAGUAAAAUUCUGAUUUCGAAAAAUAAACUGGGUUUAUAAGGGUUAAGAGAUUCACUCAUUUGUCAAAGUGAGGAGCAGACGUGCUUACAUGGCAAGGUUUUGGAAACCGGUGUAGAAUCCAAGAAGCUUCAAGGUUUGGAACCAAUAAAAGUUAACUGGGUUAACAAAGUCAGGGUUUGGAACCACUGCAAAAAAAACAAGUUAACUGGGUUUAACAAAGUCAGGGUUUGGAACCACUGCAAAAAAAAAAAAAAACAACAAGUUAACUGGGUUUAACAAAGUCAGGGUUUGGAACCACUGCAAAAAAAAAACAAAGCUCAACUGAGUCAAACGAAAUGGAUAUAGAUAUAUGGAGUGUUUAUUAAUUUAAACACAACUUUAAGAUUGAGCUCUGACGUCGAGUUUCAUGAUAAUUAUAACUAUUUUCAUAAAAUAGUAAUAGCAUUCUCAAGUAUUUAGUACCUGGAGGCGUAUAACUGAAGAGAAGUGUGUGUGUAGAGAUUUGAAUGAUAUUUCUCUAAAGGUAUUAGGAUGCACUAAGGGUAUUUUUUCUCAUUGUCUCUUAGGGGAGUGUUUUUUUUUUUUUUUUUUAGAUUGGUUGAAGGUAUAAGGUUACAAUAAACGUUACACAAGUGUUGCUGGUUUGAUUACGAGUGUCUGUACAAGUAACCUGUAAAAUUUGAUGAGACCAGUCUGAGAAUUUACAGCUGACAAAGAAAAAGAGAGGAGUGAGAGGAGUUCUUGAAAUUCUCAACACUGGAACAAGGUGAGUAUAUGUGUUACUUUGAAAUAAGACUUUACUAGUGUCAUAUGCUGUA